AUGCCAUCUUGGAGUUACGAUUUCUUGUCUCUGGAUGGGUCCGCCUCCACUACGCCUUGUCAAGAGUCAAGCUAUGAUGCGAGCUCAUCCGGGGUGGCGAGCGCUGCUAUCUUCAUAAUGUGCCAAUACUACGCCCACGCCUUCACGUGCAAGCACCUCUCCUUCACGUUCGCCCGCUUCUGCCAACCCGCGAGCCUCAUCCAGAAACCCUGCACCAAGCGGCAGGUAUGGCAGACCAUUGGCCUCGACGAUGCCUGUGAGGAGUGCUUGACUUGGUUCCCUGACCAGUACCCGUGCCGGAGGCCGCGGUAUCAGUGA